ACAGACGUAUGUGAAAGAUGGGACAAUCCAAGAUUUUCUGCUUCCUCUUACUGCUUUCUUCCCCGCAACUGGUGACCAGCUGUAAUACAGGAGAAUACCGUGCUAAUGAAAUAUGCUGUACCAUGUGUCCCUCAGGCACACAUGUUCUGAGACACUGUACAUUAAUUACCUCUACCACAUGUGGUCCUUGUGUUCCUGGAAGUUACAUGGAUCGUCCAAAUGGUAUGGAGGAAUGCUUGUCCUGUAAGAGUUGUGAUGCUGACGCGGGAUUUAAAUCAAUAGAGGAAUGCACCUAUACGAUGGAUACAGUGUGUGACUGCAAAGAAGGUUAUUACUGCACACAGAAAGGAGAUAAAGGCUGUCAAAAUUGUAGAAAACAAAUCCAACGUAAUGCGUAUGAAUCGACUGAUGAUAAAGGUUUCAAUAAACUUAUACAACCCGGAUCCAAAGCAUCACAUGCGGUCCUCAAGGAAAACAUCAUAAAAGCUAUUGGGGAGACCCACUCACAGAAGACAUCUACGGGGGUGCACCCCCCCUCAAAGAAGAAACUUGCUUCUCAGUUAGAAGGUACAACUGCACUAAAGAAGGAGGAAUUCGACCUGGGGCUAACUGAAAAGAAACACAUGUUUGGGUCCUCGCAAGAUGCUAUUAGAAAAUCACUGAUGCAAAUUGGAUUUUCUGAUUUUUCUAGAGAAGCUUUGAAGUCGCAGGAGGCGGGGAAGAAAGCGACAGUGGAGCUAAGGUCUGUUAUGCAAUCGAGCAUGGCAAACAUGCACGAUGCCAUACAGAGUGGAAUGGCAGGGAUUCGAGACGCAAUCCAGUCUACCAUGACCGGUAUUCGCGGCGUUAUGCAGACAGGCAUCACAGACAUUCAGGUAUCUAUGGAAAAUGGGAUGGCCUCCAUUCAGGAAUCUAUCAAAUCUGAAUUGGCUAACAUUAAAGUUAUGGAGAAGGCGUUCAAUAAUAUUGGUAAAAGCCUGGAAAAUCUGCACAUAUCUGUGCAAUCCGGCUUGGGAGAAAUGUCUUCAGAGGUUGAUUUAUUGGUCAGUCAGUUGUCAAAAUAUCUCUCAAGCCAGGCACUCUCUCCCAUCCAAUUCAAAGAUAUUGCUUCAACCUUCCAAGAGAGAACUGAUUCUAGCUAAUCUGGUAAGGAGUGUAGACCUCAGAAAUCAGAUUCCCAUCUCGGAACUUUGACUCACUGCUCCACACAAAGCAACACUCAAUUCUGCUGAAAAAACACCCCGAACCUCUAGCACUCUCAUCCUCUAUCCUUCCAAGGCCUUGCCCCUUAGUUCCCCAUCCUCAGAUCGU